AUGCCCACCUGCACCCCCACCCCCCACCACCACCACCAUCACAAACAACCACCAAUGGUUGCCCAUGAAUCCGUAGAAACUCCAUCGCAGAAACCAGUUGUUGGAGGGAUUGGUCUUGGCAGCACUGUCAAAAUUGACUUUUGCUCUUCUUGCUCUUACAGAGGGAAUGCGGUAACGAUGAAAAAGAUGUUGGAAAUGCAGUUUCCAGGAAUUGAUGUUGUGCUUGCAAAUUAUCCCCCAUCCCUGCCGAAGCGGGUGGUAGCCAAAUUAGUACCGGUUUUUCAGAUCGGGGUUAUGGGAAUUGUGUUGGGUGGUGAACAGAUAUUUCCGAUUCUGGGACUCAUGACUCCACCUCCUUGGUAUUAUUCUUUACGUGCCAAUAAAUUUGGGACCAUUGCGUCUACUUGGCUUCUUGGCAAUGCAUUGCAGUCCUUCCUGCAAAGCUCUGGGGCGUUUGAAGUUUACUGCAAUGAUGAAUUGAUUUUCUCCAAACUGAGGGAGGGCAGAUUUCCAGGAGAGAUUGAACUAAAAGAUCUUGUUGGCAGAAGGUUGGCUAAUUCUGGCAUUUCUGAUAUGUCGUCCUAG